AUGUUCUCCAAAGUGAUCGCUGUUUUGGCCUUUGCCGCCGUGGUAGCCGCCAAGCCCCAACAUCAGCCCGCCGCCCAAUAUCCGGCAGGAGUCGAUCCGUCCCGCUGCCCGUCGUACCCGAACUGCGACAACGCGGCCCUGCACAACCCGAAUCAUGCGUACAACAACCACGCCGCCAACCACGCCGCCAACCACUGGAACCCGAACUGGAACGCGCAGCCCAGCUGGAACGCGGCCCCGGCCCCCGUCCCGGCUCCGGCUCCGUACUACCACGGUGCCCCGCACUCGUACCAGGCUCUGACCGGCCCGAGCCACAACUACCUCGGAGCCCCAGCCCCCACCGCCGGUGGUGACCGCUACCCGGCUGGAGUUGACCCGCAGGCCUGCCCGAACUACCCGUACUGCGACAACCUGGCUCCGGCUGGCGCUCCCCAGGCUGCCCCGCUGCCAGGCUUCACCUCCCGCCAGUACCCGGCCGGAGUGUCCCCGCACACCUGCCCGAACUUCCCGUACUGCUAA